CGCGAGAGCUGCGGCCCGGAAGUAGGAAGUGUGAGGGACCCUGCUGGGCUGUCAGGAUCAUGCGGGGGGGGCGUGAUACCGGCUGUCUGGAGAACCACCUGGAAUGGAAAGACCGGAGACUGCGGGGCUCCUGAGGGCCGGAAACCCCGUGUUAAAUGAUGGCCAGGGCCAUUCAACGCACUUCCUGUGAAUCCAGGCUGUUAUGGACAUCACGUAGCCUGGGCACACAUUACUCCUAGACUGACGUAAUAGAAUGGCCUGAAGACUGCAGAGAAAAAGGUGGGCUAGUGAACUAUUCUGACAAAUUCAUGGCAAAAAAAAAGUUACCAGGUAAGGAUGAUGCUGGAUUUCCAGACCCUUGUCCCUUAUUUAUUUUCCUCUCAGUUUCAUGGCAACCCGCCAAUCUGGUGAUAUGAACCUACUACGCCCUCCCCUGCGACUCUGCAUACGCCAGGGUGCCCGAUGCCUGUAAUCCCCAUUCCCCGGCGUGUUCGCUCUUUCCACGGCCCCCACACUACCUGCCUGCAUUCCGCCUGUGGACCUGUCCGGACCACGCACCUGGUGCGCACCAAGUACAACAACUUUGACAUCUACCUAAAGUCCAGAUGGAUGUAUGGAUUCAUCCGCUUCCUGCUGUAUUUCAGCUGCAGCCUUUUCACUUCCAUCCUCUGGGUGGCACUCUCGAUCUUAUUUUGCCUUCAGUAUCUUGGCAUCCGAAUUUUCCUACGCUUACAGUACAAACUGUCCAUCAUCCUGCUGCUGCUAGGGCGGAGGCGGGUCGACUUUAGCCUCUUGAACGAACUGCUUAUUUAUGGGAUUCAUGUAACCAUGCUGCUUGUCGGUGGACUCGGCUGGUGUUUUAUGGUGUUUAUAGAUAUGUAAAUAAAUGCAUGCCGAUGAAGAACACUGCUUCUUGGCAGAUGAAGUAUGA